CUGCGUCGAACGAUCGCCUCGCUGUCAUUGGUAACGAAGGAAUUUUGUUUUCAAUGAGCCAUUUAAACGAGGCAUUCCUCGUUUCUAGUCACAUUAAAGGUCCAUCAGCAGUGUCGCUUGAAACGCUUGACUUCUCUUCUGGACACUUGGAGAACGAUUUUUCGAUUCGACUUUUCUAUCAUGAGGCACAAACUGGCACGCAGUACACCAUCAUGUCGAAAGAGAUCGUCCAUGAAGCGUCAUAUGACCGAUUCCGAGAAUUUCCAGGAAUGGCUGUACGACAGACUCGAUCUGGUGAUAUUGUUGUCGAUGCUCGCCCACGAGUAAUUCAGUGCAGUCCGUCAACAGCAUCAGUUCACGUGCGUAGCUCGUAUAUCGACAUGGGAGUACAGGUCAGUAAUUGCUCACUCCAUUCAGUGUAUCAGAGCCGAUAUUCAAUGAUAGGUGAUAGGGAAGAUCUUGAAGGGAUGGAAAGCUUAGUUUGCUUGGGCGAGUAUCAACCCUCCGCACGUUACAAUACUCGUGAAAUGCAUGAGUUGUUUCAGGAAAGCGAGAAGGCGUACGUGAAACGCGGUCUGAAGCGUGUACAUGUGUCUCGAUCGGGAAUGGUGGUGUCAGAUGGUAACUGUAUUACAUCCAUGGAUCAUUUCGGACGUAUUGUCAGCAGCACGUAA